CUCCAUAAUCCGUUCCUUUUAUUUAAGCCCCCUUCCCUCCAUAUUCCAUUCCAUUCCAACGAACACAAUUUUCUGAAUUCCCCGAUUUCCUUUCGAUCUCUGCGUUUCUUUCAUUGCAUGGCCGCCGCCACUUCCAGGUUUAUUGCUCGACGACUCGCCGAUUUCGGGAAGCAGCCACGGCGCCCUGUUUCGCCUAAUUCUUCUCUCUCCGCCGCCCUCAGCCUCAGGAGAGGAGGGCAUUGGUCAGCAACAGCAACAGCAUAUGAGAAGAACACAGAGGAUCAGGAAGUGUGCCCAACAGUGGUACCCGACCAUGUGAUAUUCCACACAGAAGCUGCAGCCCAAAACCAAAACUACUGGGCGCCGCACCCACAAACUGGAGUAUUUGGGCCACCCGCCCACCACACCGACUACUCACCAUCGGCUUCGGCUUCCAAGGAGGGCUCGGUUCUGGACCUCAAGGCUUGGUUCCGCCACACCGCCCUCGAGGACGUCGACAAGGACGACCCACUACACUAAUAAUCAAGCUUAAUUAUUAUAUGCACUGCAUUACUAGAACUUAUUCAUGUCUGUCUUGUAUUAUCAAUAUGUAUUUGAUGCUGUAUAUUUGGAUUCAGGGCUCUGCUCUUCUCUAAAUAUCUAUAUGUGUGCUAUGGAGACUUAGGGGUAAUAUAUGCUUAAUUACCUGCAUGGAUUUGUAAUAACAAUCCCCUCUGAUCUCUCUCUCUUUCCACGGUUUCUGAAGCAUGGGAUUUUACUUUUACUGCUCCAACUUUAUAAACUUAUGGAGGAGGAGGAUAAUAUACACUCCUACAA